UAUACGUAUUGAAAAUGCAAAACAAAUAACUAAUAAGUAAACUGUACGACGUACGUAUACAAAUAAAAAGUAACUUACCAUUAAUAUUUGUCGAUCAUUCAUUAUAAUACUUGCUGUAAACAUUCCAAAAAAAAACUUCUAAAGAAAUGUUAAGUUUGAAUGUUUCGGACCAUUGAAACAUUUUUUUAACUUCUUAAACGUCAGAUUGUUUUAUAGUUGAUAGAGAAUUUAAUAUCACAAAUAUGUUCAAGUAUACAUACAUCUACGCCAUUGUGUUUUUGGAUUUGAUCAGUAUUAGUUUCAUAAUACCGGUUUUGGGAACGCAUUUAAGAGAUAUAGGUGCCAGCCACUUUCAAAUCGCACUUUUAGGAUCUACAUAUUCAGCUCUGCAAUUUUUAUCCGGCACUCCGAUUGGCGCCCUCAGUGAUAAGUAUGGUCGUAAAAACGUUCUCUUAGUGACUAUAAGUAUUUGCGCCGUAGCUUACUUUAUCUUGGGUUGCUUGAAAUCACUUGUUUUAAUAGCUGUAGUCCGCCUUGUUCAAGGAUGCGUCAAACACACACAGCUGUUAUGUAAAACACUGAUUAAUGAUAAUGUACCACCAGAAAAACAAACAACUGCGUACGGCUAUAUGAACGGUUUCUCAGCACUGUCAUUCGUGGUCGGCCCAAUCGUUGGAGGACAUCUUAUGGAAAAGAAGGAAGGUUUUUAUACUUUGGCUUGUUAUACUGCAUUGGUGUUUUUUAUCAAUGGCAUUGUUGUAUGGCUUACAGUUCCUAAUACAGUUGUUAAUAAAGAUACCAAGGUAAAAAGUAAAAAAGUCAGAAACACGUCUCCGUUCAGCGACUUAAUGGAAGUAGACUGGAAAGAGUGUUGGCCUGCGUUUUCACUGAAAAUGUUAAGCGCUGCAUCGAUGUUUGCGUUUUACAGUUCUGUUGGGUUAGGCAUGACGGAAAAGUUCAAUCUGUCGCCGUCGGAAGCCGGAUACACCGGAGCUGUACAAGGACUAACUGGCGGGAUUACUGGAUUUGCUGCUGGCAAAAUCGAACACAUAUUUACAUCUAAAAAUCCGUUUUUCAAGAGCUCUUAUACUUUUGCCUUGCUCGGGGCUGGUUUCGUAGCUCUAGCAAUAUCUCCAAACAUUGCAAUAUUUACAGUAGCACUAAUUCCAAUCAGUAUCUCGGCGACACUCCUAAGAGGAUUCAACAACGAAAUAGUCUACGAAAACAGUUCGGCCGACCACCGAGGACUUGUUGCUGGUGCGGGAGCUAGUGCAGCCGCAAUUUCCAGAUUUCUAUCGCCGUUAGUGUGUGGUUUGACAAUGGACAUGUUUGGUAGUAGUUCUGGAUUUAUCUUAUCAGCGAUAUUUGCAUUUGUCGGUGCUAUUUUAUCAAAAUUUCUAAUUGGAAAAUCAAAAAUUGAAUAAAUUUAUGUUUGUUGCAUGAAGUUUCUCUAUCUAGACCACAAUUGGCAAAGUACAUUUGUGAUUUGUUAAGUCUGAGAAAAAAUAAAAAUAAGUACUGGUUUUCAAAUAAAAAGAUGCUAUUAUUGUUAGUUAAUGUAAUAUGUUAAGAUUUAGGUAAGUAAAAUAUCAAAUUUAUGUUCUUAUGUAAAAAAAAAAUAUUUGUUAAAAUUAUUGUUUAAUCGAAAUGAAUAUGUUAAUUUAUAUAAGUCGGUUACCUUUAAAUUUAAUUAUCCAUUUAUGAUAUAAAAAAAAAAAAUUGUUUGAUAUCAAUAUGACAUUUUUA